UUGUGACUAGAGAAGGCAGGACGAAGGGGCUGGCUCUGUGAGGAACAAUGGUAAACACAAAGUUUCCUUAAUAUCGAUGACAGAUGCAGAGGUAGAUUUAAACGGACAUCCACGGAAGAUUAAGCAGAAGGGACGCUGAGUACCCGCAAGUGUGUGAAGUGGUAAAAUUAUUAUUUGCCAGUUACUAGUUAGUGUAUUUCGUGAAUUUUAAUUUAAACUAAGCCGUUCAUACACUCGAUACUGCAGCACGAACCGAACAGAAGUAAGAUUACAGACAUCGAGUCUGGCCACGCUGGUUAGCAUGGCUGUUACUGGGGGGACGGCAGCUUCCCUCCCAAUGAGCAACCACACACGGGAGAGGGUAACCGUGGCCAAAUUGACCCUGGAGAACUUCUACAGCACGUUACUCACGCAGCAUGAAGAGCGUGAGAUGAGGCAGAAAAAGUUAGAGCAAGUUAUGGAUGAGGAGGGUCUACAGGAUGAAGAAAAGAUAAUGCGUCGCUCCCAGCAUGCCCGCAAGGAGACAGAGUUUCUGCGGCUCAAACGCACUCGACUGGGGCUGGAUGACUUUGAAUCCCUCAAGGUCAUUGGAAGGGGGGCCUUUGGAGAGGUGCGCUUGGUGCAGAAGAAGGACACGGGCCACAUCUAUGCCAUGAAGAUACUAAGGAAGGCAGACAUGCUGGAGAAAGAGCAGGUGGCUCACAUUCGUGCCGAGAGGGACAUCCUUGUGGAGGCAGAUGGAGCCUGGGUUGUGAAGAUGUUUUACAGCUUUCAAGACAAGCGGAACCUCUAUCUCAUUAUGGAGUUCCUGCCUGGAGGUGAUAUGAUGACCCUUCUAAUGAAGAAAGAUACUUUGUCUGAGGAGGCUACUCAGUUCUACAUUGCUGAGACUGUGUUGGCCAUUGACUCCAUCCACCAGUUGGGCUUCAUCCACAGAGAUAUCAAGCCUGACAACCUGCUGCUUGACUCUAGGGGUCACGUGAAGCUUUCAGACUUCGGCUUGUGCACAGGACUGAAGAAAGCGCAUCGAACUGAAUUCUACCGGAACCUCACUCACAAUCCGCCCAGCGACUUCUCCUUCCAAAACAUGAACUCCAAGCGAAAGGCAGAAACAUGGAAGAAGAACCGAAGGCAAUUGGCGUACUCCACCGUGGGCACUCCAGACUACAUAGCUCCAGAGGUGUUCAUGCAGACCGGCUACAACAAGCUGUGUGACUGGUGGUCUCUGGGAGUCAUCAUGUACGAAAUGUUAAUCGGUUACCCUCCUUUCUGCUCUGAAACACCUCAGGAAACUUACAGGAAAGUCAUGAACUGGAAGGAGACACUUGUGUUCCCCCCUGAAGUGCCCAUCUCAGAGAAGGCAAAGGACUUGAUCUUAAGGUACUGCACUGAUGCUGAGAAUCGAAUUGGAGCUGGGAGCGUAGAGGAAAUAAAGAGCCAUCCCUUCUUCGAGUCAGUGGACUGGGAGCACAUCAGGGAGAGACCAGCUGCAAUUUCAAUUGAAGUCAAAAGCAUUGAUGAUACUUCAAACUUCGAUGACUUUCCGGAGUCCGAUAUCCUUCAGCCAGUAACAAAUGCCACAGAGCCAGACUACAAGUCCAAGGAUUGGGUUUUCCUAAAUUACACCUACAAGAGGUUUGAGGGCCUAACCCAACGGGGAACCAUCCCCACAUACAUGAAAGCAGGGAAGGCAUGACUGAUUGCCGUUGAAUAGAUGGAACGGAGGGGUAUGGACCUGAACUGGGCUAAGACCAUAGAGGACAAACAUACAGACCAUCGGCAUGGUGUAAGGACUCCUGGGUAGAAACAUGAGCUAUACCAUGUUUUACGCAGGUUUGAAACACACGGACUGUACCACCUGUUGGGGAGUACAGGUGCAACAGCUCCUCUGUUUCCCUGCAAUGUUAGGAAAUGUGGAUGAAGGACAGUGAGCAGCUGCCGCUUGCACCGUGUCUCUCACCUUAACAUCCCUCUGCCACCAAAUUCAAACGCACCCAAGGCAACCCCACUUACGUGCAUAGUUCUUCUACACUGAGAUGAACGGUACCUCAGACGCUAUCAGGCACUUAUUUACAUAUCCUUUGGGUGUCAUUAUUUUUGUCUAAAUUUUGGUUUUGUAAAGUGGUGUUUUGAUUCUCUCCAUUUAAUUAUCUGAAGUGGAGGCAGCUCCUCUUGGACAUGGGAGUAGAAGAGCCUAGUGCUGUAUAGAAAACAGUGCCAUGGGAGAAGGGGAAUGUUCCAGAAGGCAUGGUCUCUGUUGCCUCUUAACUAGUUAGAGCUGAAAUCAAAGAGACCUGAGUCAUGUGACAAAAGGAGAAGUUAUUUGUGGAUAAUGUCUAAAAUGGAAAACUCGAGUUGUGUUGUGUUUUGUGUUGCCUUGGGGAUGUAGAGACUUGACUUUCCAGAAAUGUCCUCAGAACAUCUGAAGGUGACUAAAUACAGAGACCAUACCUGCUUUGUUAUUCAGGUGUGCUAAUUAAAAUCGUAAAACCUGAAUAAAAAAAGUCUUAACACUUUUUGCCUUCUGCUUUUCCUAAAGCAAGAUAUGCAGGAAAACAAUCCCUCAUUUUCUGCCCCUAUGAGAGCAUUAACGAAAGAAAAGUGAACUAAGCGGACAUCUGCAAAACCCUUAAUACGAAUAUGUUUUAACUAAUAUGCGUUAAGCCCUUUCAGUACAAUAUCAGAAGCUAAAAAAAUGUAAAUCUGUACUCUCCAGUUCACUGAAGGCAAUACAACUUAUUUGACAUUAAAACUUUGAUAUUCACUUCUUUUUAUUUAGUGUGCUGGGUUGCCACAGAAUGUAAAAGGGAUAAACUCAGUAAAAGUAAGAACAGCAUCUCCACUCUCCAGAAGAAGGAAGUAACUGGGAGAGUAUGAAGGCAGGUCCUGUGUAUGACACUGUGUGAAUUCUUACAUAAGGGUUUUGUGCGUUCAGUAGGGAUAUGUACUGUAUACCUCAAAAUUAUCCCAUGUACCAUGAACUCAUACAAAAACUGUUCCGUUUCCUUUGACAUUAUUCAGGCUGUUACGUGCAAUGUCUGCUGUAUUAGUACUUACUACUUUGCAUGGGCUAAUGUCUUAAAGGUGUUUUUGCUAGCUCUGCAGUUAAAAUAUUUUGUUAGCAAGUCUGGUCAAGAGACUGAAACCUAAUAAACGUAUUAGUGUUAGUUUAUUGGGGACAGAUUGGCACAUUUUCACUGCACUGAAUAAUAAUGUGUACAUCGGGAAAGAGAGAGUUCUGUCACACUACUACUAUGGAAGCGCCAAUCCUCAGUUUGAUUAAACUGCCUGGCUUCCAGCGUAACGGUCACAUGUACUGUGCUGGAUGCCAUGGAGUUGCCUGAUUUCUGGUGCAUCGUUCACAGGUGUCAGUGCUCAGACUGAUGAGCUGCCUGAAUGGAACGUGGUAUCAGUACACAAUACUACUGCGCUGUCUCAUUUCACCGCCCUGCAUUCAUGCACAUAGCUUCAUUCUGAGAAAUAUGUCUCAAAGACUGCUGCUACAGCGAUAAUUUCUAGUGUUUUGUAAUGCACUUUGAGAUGGGGGAAAAAAAUAUGUAUUUUGUAACUAUUAGAACUACAUUCAUAACCCCCACCAAUGAUCCAUAAACAGUCUGAAUGGUUUACUAUAUAAGGAACAGAAAGCUAUCUGGCAAAAAGCAAUUUUGCAUCACGUGUAACCUUGGCAACAUAAAACUUGAUAACGUGGCUUUGUAAUAAAUAUUGACAAGGUCUGCUUAAGUUACCUUAAUUUAUACAAUUUCAGAUAGUGGACAAGUUGCUGUAUAUAAUAAAUACAAGGAAACAAUUUACCUUAUUAGAUCUGGUGUCUGCUGUUAUAACCAUAAAAACAUAUUUGGUUCCAUAUUACUGCUGCUGUUGUAAAGCUGUGACAAGGAAAGAUGCACAUAUAGAAUUAAAAGUACUGUUAUCCUAAAGACCUGUGUUUUGAAAUCUAACUGAACAAUCAAUCAGAAUGAUCAAAUUGAAAAUGCUAGUCCUGUUCAUCACCUCUUUUGCCACUUUCCUGUUGUCCAGGCUUCGGUUUGCACCGUACAGGAACCCUCAGCCAACCAUCACUUACUGAAUAUUAGCUGGCUGAAAUCAUGUAUUAAAACAUAUUUCAACAUUAAAAAAAUCUGCAUCUGGCAACAUUUAAAUCCACUG